AUGUCAGGUGCAAAUGCCACAGAGAAUACAACAUCAUACGAUUACAGCUCUUACAAUUAUGGCAACAUAGAUGGCUUCUCUCCUGACGACAUAACCGAUGUGAAGAACUUCAGCCAAGUGUUUCUGACAUUUCUCUACAGUUUGGUUUUCAUCCUGGGCUUCAUAGGUAAUGGACUAGUGGUGUGUGUCCUGGUGAAGCACCGCAAUCAGAGCAACUUGACAGACAUCUGCCUCUUCAACCUGGCUCUCUCCGACCUCCUCUUCAUCUUCACGCUGCCUUUCUACACUCACUAUGCCAGGGUCAGCCAGUGGAUAUUUGGAGGCUUCAUGUGCCGUUUAAUCUCCGGAUUUCACAAGACUGGCUUCUUCAGCAGUAUCUUCUUCAUGGUCACCAUGACAAUGGACCGCUACAUGAUCAUCGUGCACGCUCACAGGGUUACACGUUAUCGCACAAUGAGGGCAGCCAUCAUUCUGACCGUGCUCGUUUGGAUGCUGAGCUUGUUUGUAUCUCUGCCGGAUUUUAUCUUCACAGAAGCAAUGACAAAUGAUUCAGAGUCCCACGGGUUCGAGUGUGACUAUCCCCAGGAGAGCAAAGUCUGGAAGCGCUAUGACCUGUUCACCAUAAAUGUGCUGGGUCUCGUGAUUCCCUUGUUGGUGAUGGUAGGUUCCUACUCCAGGAUCAUCCCCAUGCUGGUGACCAUGAGGACCACAAAGAAGCACCGCAUAGUCAAGCUGAUCAUCUGUAUAGUGGUUGUAUUUUUCUUGCUCUGGGCCCCAUACAACAUUUCCCUUUUCUUGAAGUUUCUUCAGGAAGAAAACAAAAUCCCACGCAAUAAAAUCUGGGACAGAAACGUAAGGAUAUCAAUAACAGUGACCGAGGCUUUUGCUUAUACUCACUGCUGCCUGAACCCCAUCAUAUACGCUUUUGUGGGACAGAAGUUCACGAGAAGAGCCUUGCAGCUGCUGAAAAGGUUGGUGCCUGGUUACAGCAGAGGUUUGUCCGACAGCUCAUUCAGGAGAAGCUCAGUUAUGUCCAGGUCCUCUGAAGUCACCUCCAGUAUUAAACUGUAGAAGGUGGAGGGCAGUUGUAAUUAGUUUGGCAUCAAUGUUUCACCCUGUUACUGCAGACCAUGUCUUUUUCUUUUUGCAGUGAUUUGUUUCAUUCAUUUGGUCACUUCUGUUAUCCUCAUACUACAAUGUUCUUCACCAGUGUCUCAUCAUCAAAGUCUGUCUGUACACCUUUAGACUCUUUGAUUUUGCAGUGGUAUAAUUUUUUGUUUUGACCGUAAGAUUUCAGCUGUAAAGGCUCUUUACUUAUAAAAUCAUUGUAACCUUGUAGCACUGCCAUCUGCUUUACAGAAUCUGAAGUGUUUGUGUGUGAUGCAAAUAUGCAUUCUUCUGCUCAAGCUUAAUGACACUUGCUGGUGUUUUAAAUGGAACCUGUUGUU